ACGAAUCGACACGAUCUCACAGACUUCUGUAGAAAAGCAGGUGCGUCACCAGAGGUGCGGUAUGAGGUGAAGAAACUCGUGAAAUUGGGGGGAAUUUGCCGAAAUUUCGGACGUUUUUACCAACUUCGUAACCCCCAGGGAAGAUCAAGACAUGUCAACGGGUGUCGUGUUCGCUCCGGUCGGCGCGACGAAGAGAAUAGCACCGAUGAACAUCGCUGGUAGGACCGCGCCAAGUCUCAACACCAAUAUGGCGUCCUCAAGAAUGACUGAACAACAACCAAGGAAGAGAAGAAGACUCAACCACCUGACACCUGAGGAGAAGGCGAUGAGAAGAAAACUGAAGAACCGAGUGGCAGCACAAACAGCAAGGGACAGAAAGAAGGCCAAAAUGGAUGAACUGGAAGUAAUUGUCGCCAAACUAGAAGCACAGAACAAGGCUCUACAACAACAGAACUCCAGUCUCAAACAGCAGUCCACCAGCCUGAAGAUGGAGAAUGCCGAGCUCAAGAAGCGGCUUGGCCAGUCCGAGGUCCAGUGCAAACGGGAGGCGAGGGAGACGUCGCCGACAGCCGAAGGCCAUACCGCCGGGAGGGAGGGAUCCAGGUCCUCUGAAUCCGCAGCAUUCAGACAAUGUGCACCUCUGCAGCAGGGGCAGAUCUGGAUCACCUCCAGCCUGGUGGCAUGGAUCCUGACGCUGAGUGCGACGUCCUCCUCAGCCUUCUCGAGCAACUGGACCCAGACAACUUCUUCACCCAGCUCCGAGAGCAGACCGAGGGCAUCACGGCCUCUGACCCGGCCUUCGACCCCUCAGUCACACCGGUUACGUCUGGCCAAGCCGUGGGGGCCGCAGCCACACGUGGAAUCCGCUGCAGAACUGAUCCGCCUGGACCACGUGUACCACAAGGAAGCUGCCUUGGACCACCACGAGGAACCAGCCGUGAAGACAGAACCCAUGUCUCGGAUCGAGGACACGCUGUCGACCCCCACAUUCACGUUCUCUUCGCCGCCACUCUCCCCGCUCUCGCAGGAUGCGAUGGGAUCGCUCUCUCCCCUUGCGGACAUUGAUGACGACAUGAAGCUUCACAGUCCCAUGUCCUUCAAAUCCAGCACCAGCGACUCGGGAAUCGAGGACGCGCCCUCCCCCUACCAGCCUCUGCUGGGUAGCGGCACCUGGGAGGAAACCUUCACCACAGAACUUUUCCCUCAGUUGAUUUCUGUGUAGUGUUCACAGAGUUUUAUCUUUGUACAUACAUCUAGUUAAUUACAAGUUAAAUCAGUGAGUAAAUGCUUUUGAUUUGUACCCUUGGGUAUUAAAUUUUCUUUUCUUUUAAAAAAAGUGUACAUUGUAAAGAGUGAUAAGAAGACUGGAAGGAUCUGUGCCAAGUGGCGGAGAGAUCAAAAUGUCACAAGAUCAUAUUGUAACAACAAAGUAUAAUGUCCUCUGUUGUGUAAGCGAAGGAAUGAGUCUAUGAAAGCCCCUCUAAAGGAUUUGUUACAAAAGAACAAAACCUCAUUCAUUCAUUUAUUGAAGGUCCCAACAUAGGUGGCGAUAGCCUUAAAAUCUUUUUUUAGGUUGCCUUUGGAAGGACAUGGUUUGAGGUAUAUGAAAGUACUUAAUAAAGUAUUGAAGAGAAUAUGUAUAGGCUUUCUUCUCAGCUACCUAAUGCACUAACAAAUGUAAGCACUGACUAGACUUGUCUGCUUGUAAAUACAGCUGUCCCUGUCUGAAGAUUGUGGUUCUGUCUUCAAGAAAAAUAAAUGGUUCCGACCGAU